AUGGCAGAUCACGACGACCUCGUCAUGCAGUUCUGCGAGCUCACCGGUGCCAGUGCCGAUCGGGCCGCGGAGUAUCUCGAGGCCAGCAGUUGGAACAUUUCCGCUGCCGUUGGUUCCUUUUUCGCCGACGACGAGGAUGAGGCUGCUGGUGGCGCCGGCAGUUCCUCCCAGCCUGCACCAGAACCCGCGUACAGCGGCCCCAGAACUCUCGACGGCCGACCCGCCCCUCAAUCCGCCCUUCCCUCCUCCAGUUCUGCCUCGAAGAAACCCGCUAAGAAGAAGGGUCUGGCGACUUUGAGCUCCCUUGGAGGUGGAGGUGGUCACGAUCACGAUGAUGACGAUGAUGACGAAGAGGAGGACGACCUGGCUGAUCGCAGAGGACCCAGAGAUUUGUUUGCUGGUGGUGAGAAGUCCGGCCUUGCUGUUCAAGACCCUGGUCGAAACCCCGCAGACCCCCAGAACGUCAUCAAGGACAUUCUCGCAAAGGCGAAGGCAAACGCGAAGCGUGCCCCCAGUGAGGAAGACGCCCCCGGUCCAUCCCAGUCGUCCAACUUCCGAGGCGCCGGCACCACGGUUGGCGGCGAGGGCACCGACUCUCGAACCAUUCCCGACCCGUCAAGCUCGCGUGCUCCUGCCCGCGGCAGUGAGGAGCUUCCCGUGGUGACGCGCACUCUUCACCUGUGGCGCGACGGCUUUUCUAUCGAAGACGGCCCUCUGCGCCGCUACGACGACCCCGAGCACGCCAUGGACCUGCAGAUGAUCCGCACAGGCCGCGCACCCCUUCACUUGAUGGAAGUGGAGCAUGGCCAGCGUUGUGACGUGCGCCUCCAGCAGCACGAGGAGGACUGGCACCAGCUCCCACGCAUCUACAAGCCCUUUGGAGGACAGGGACGCCGGCUGGGAAGCCCAGUUCCCGGUGACGGCAACGCGGCAUCCGCCUCCGUGCAGACGGCCACAGCUCCUGCUGCAAGCAGUGCGCCUGCUGCUGCCCCUGCCCCGGUCGCAGAUGUCGACAGCAGCCAGCCAAGUGUUGCUAUCCGCUUCCAGAUGCCUGACGGCUCAAGACUGCCCGCCCGCUUCAACCUGACACACACGAUUGGCGACCUCUACCAGUUCGCCCGCAGUGCGUCGGCUGAGACCCGCAGUCGUGCCUUCAUCGUCCAGUCGACCUUCCCGAGCAAGGAGUACACAGACCACAGCCAGAAGUUGGAGGAGGUCGACGCUUUCAAGCGGGGUGGUAUUGCCGUGGUCAAGUGGGCUUAG